AAUAAAUAAUUCAGAUGAAACAAAAAUAAAAUAGCCUAGUCUUUUUUUAUUUCCCAAAAUGAGAAAGGCAUUGGUCCCAUCCCCACAGACAGCCAGAUCAGUUUCGAGUUUGGAACUUAAUUUUAUAAUUUAGGCCCUAAUUGUUAAAUUGUCAAAUGAAGUUAAUUCACUUUUAAAUUGAGCACAAUAGCACACAGCCUGUGUCACAACUCGAAGUGUCAGUGUUGAGUGUAGUGUUAGUGUACAGUACACUGUUGACAGUCAGAAUAAAGGCUAGGUGUUGUAGGCCAGUAUUAUGACUAUUAUGGCCUAUGGAUAUGUCAAAUGAUGAUCAGAUCAUCAUGAUGAUGUGGACUGUGGUGAAUUCAAUGGAUUUGACAAUUUGGGAUAGAUCUAGAAUCUAGUAAUCUAGAUCUAGAAUUAAAAUUCAAUUGGCCUAGGCCUAUAUUUACUAAAUUACAAGUACCUGGUGACAAGUUUGUGUGUGAGCAGUAAGCUGUUAUAAUUAUUCAAAAUGAAUUACCUAACUACCACUCCAAAGAUGAUUGCUUCACUUCCUCAUCAACAUUCCUUGGUGCAUGGUAUUCUGCAACAGUCAGUGGGUUUGUUGAGACCUUUAGUUUUGCAGCGUGCUAUAAGUUCAUAUUAUAUGCAAAGGCUGGAACUUAGCAGGCAUAAAGAUGUGCAGACAGUUCACUCUGGAGCGGUCAAUGAUGUGGACAUUGAUAUUACAGAGAAUAGAUACUUGCUGUCUGGUGGUUCAGAUGGUACCAUUGCCAUUCAUGAUUUAGAAGAUUUAAGAGAGAGUGAGCACAACAUGUUAGACAGCAGAGUUUACAAACUGGUGUGUUCUGUAUCACCUGGCAAUAGAAAUGCUCAUCGUCGCAGUAUUGAGACUGUACAGUGGUAUCCGCUUGACACUGGAAUUUUCACGUCCAGUGGGGCCGACAGAGUGCUUAAAAUAUGGGAUGCAAAUAGUUUAAAGACAGCAGAGGAGUACAGUUUUAAUGGCAUUGUACACAGCCACCAUUUAUCAUCAGUUGCCACCAAACAUAAUCUUAUUGCUAUUGGGUCAGACAGUUCCAUCGUGAACCUGGUGGACCCCAGAGCUGGAUCUUCAACUCAUUCACUGAGAGGUCACAAGGAGGGAGCCGUGAGAGCUGUGCGUUGGUCUAACAAGGAUGAAUUUUUGUUAGCGACGGGUGGAAUAGAUAACUAUGCUAUGCUGUGGGAUGUUCGUGCUGCAAAAUCUUGUCUUAUGAAAUUGCGAGACAAAUCUAAAAAAAAGUCUGGUUUUACUAAAGAUUGUACCCAUGAUGGAUCUGUCAAUGGAUUGAAGUUCACAGCUGAUGGCCUUCAUCUCGUCACAAUAGGAACCGACCAAAAAGUUUUCACAUGGGACGUACAUUCAGGGAAAAAGCUUUCCCAAAGAUACCCUCCUGUCAGUCAUAUAAAAAAACGAAGUGUUAAGUUUUGUCUGACUAGAGGAGGUUCACCAAAUUUUGCUUUCAUUCCAACCGGUUCAAGUAUUACAACUUUCAAUAUUUCUACACCGGGCAAGGGAAUGCAAAUGUACGGACAUUACAGCAUGGUUAACUGUUGUGUUUAUCACGAACCUGGAAAUCAGUUGGUCAGUGGUGGCAAUGAUCAAAAAAUUCUUAUCUGGACGUUGGGUGGGGACAAAAAUUAUGACGAUUACCUGUGUGAUAAACAAUUGGAAAUAAUGGAGAGGAAGAGGGUGGCGGAUGAGGAGACUGUGCGUAUUGUGGUGCCUGCAGCAGUAGCACAGACAAUGGACACUUGGAGUGAUGAGGAUUAAGAAGUUUCACUGUUGUGAUAUGAUGGUGUUGACACAUGGAGUGAUGAGGAUUAGCUAGUUUCACUGUUGUGAUGUGAUGGUGUUGACACAUGGAGUGAUGAGAAUUAGUUAGUUUCAGUGUUGUGAUGUGAUGGUGUUGACACAUGGAGUGAUGAGAAUUAGUUCAACCGUUGUGAUGUGGUGUUUUAGUGUCUGCACAAACCAAUGUCCUGAGUGGCUGUCUAAAUGACAUGAUUGAUUGAGAUGAUCUGUAUCUUGGUGGAUUUCCUACAUGACAUUAUGACACACUGAUGUAAUGGGUACCUUGAUGGAAGUCAUCAAUAACGUAUGACACUGACAUAAUUUGUACCCUGAACCUCCUACUUGACACAGUAACAUAAUUUGACUACUGAACUUCUUGCAUAUGGCACAAUGAAAUAGUUUGUAUUUGAUGAAAUUCCUAAAUGCUUUUUGAUACACUGACAUAAUUUCUACCCUAAUAGUAUUCAUAAAUGUAAUUAAAGGUUGCAUUCAACUUGUCUUACUUAUGAUAAUAUGACAAUUUCACAUACUUCAUUUUCUGAUGAAAUACUUAAAUGUCAGUUUACAGUAGAAAUUUUAUUGAGACUACAGUUUGAAAAAUCCUAUCAUUUGACAAUGUUGAAACUUGAGGGAUGGUUAGCAAAUUUUGUUCAUGUUUUGUGUAUGGAUAGCUGUUUAUAUGUUAAAAAUUAAUUUCACAUUUUUAAACACCCCACUAAUGUUGACGUUUUAAAAGAUUCUCUUCCCAGUGCAUACUCUUAUCAUAUUUUGUGUUCCAAUUAAAAAAUCACAAAAGAAAAUAUUGUCGAUUUCCUCAAGUAGCCUACAGCUGAUUAAAAAUUAGUAUUAAAUAAAUGGGUCUCUUGCAUUUGUAAUAUUUUGUUAAAUAUAAAUACAAUUAUAUUACUUUAAUUAGUCCAAAAUAUAUUAUUUUAGGUAGUCCAAACUGGCGAAAAAGUGCGUUUUAGGGUCAGUUUUUGCGGUUUUCAAAAAAAAAAUUUCACUACUUCUAGUUGUCCUAUAAGAAUAAAAAUUAUAUGUCAAUAAAGUUUAAGUCUUUAUCUGUCGUAAUCUGGUAUUUUUAUAUCUGUAACACAUGUUUGAAUCUGUUUUAUAUUUGUUUGAAAAGUAUCAGUUACGUCAACAAAUUUCACCGUUUUGCGUGUACCGAUCGACCCCACACUGUUUUAUUUGGUCGCGGCUUCGCGACGAAGCAUCGUAGAAGCAUAAUCUUAAUGUCAUUUUAAAGAUCGAAUUCUAGGCUAUCGUUUGAUGUAUAAAUUGAAAAAAUAACUUGAUUAUUUCAUUUUAAAAAUACAGAUUUUAAACUUUAAAUGACGAUAUAUACACGGAAACAAACUAAUUCUGUUUCAAUUUUUACACCGAUGUAAAGUUCAGUUUUAUAACUACUUUGUGUUGUAAAUUCAAGUAUUUCUGAUUUACGGUCGCGAAGCCGUACCCCCAAUAAACAUAUAACCCUCGAGUCGACUUUCAGCCCCGAGUAAGUUGCUCGCCGAACGGUUUUAAAGGUUGACGACCGAUGAUGCUAAACGGAUUUUACCCUUGCUAGAGUCUUCAAACAAGUUGUAAGUAUCAUUUUUAAAGUUUCAUUUCCAUUUUAAUAAAUGAAUUUUAAGUUUGAAUGUCAGUUUGGUUUAAUUAGUAUACGUUAUUAAUGUAAAUUUGAACGCUACAAGUCCACGGUUUUAGCUUGUGAACUACGCUUGUACACAGGGUGUGUUUAGACGUGAAGCUAUUUAAUUCAGGACAUUCUAGGGACUUGAAAUAUGGAUGCACUUAACUAUUAGAUGCUAGUGUUUACUAAUUCUUUAAAAUCUAUUGACUGUGAUCAAUGAUAGGGUCGUAUUACUACAGUUUAUCUGGACUAUCACGUCAAAAUUAUGAAUCGACAAAUUCAAAAUGGCCACCAGACUAUCCUGGUUACUAUGUGGACGAACUCAAUUAUUUACAGGGAACGAAGGUUAAAUACUUAUAAAAUACUAAUGAAACACAAACGAAAUUUAUAAUUAUAAUAACUAUACAUUUUUAUCAAUGUAUUUAAAACAAAAGACACUAAAUUUGAAGGACUAAUGUGAUUAAUUUUUUUAUUUUCUGUUGUGCACUCUGAUUCUGAUUCCCCUGCUGAAUAAUGUGAAAUGGUCUGCGCCAGUCUCCUUAAUAAAAUGUACCAGAUCAAUUUUUAGAUGGUUGUGCAAUUUAUUAAGAUUGUACAUGUUGUGACUUAGUUUUAAAUGUUAUAUUAGUUGUAAGUGUAAGUAGUACUAGUAGUAUUUCUCAUUAUUUAUUUAUUUUAUAUGCAUAUAAUAGUAACAAUGAAGGACAGUUAAGUUGUCCUAUAGGAUGUUGAGAACCACAGUAUGGCAUCUUCAUCAUUGGAUAUCUCAACCAUUGUGGGACAAGCAACGAUUAUUCCAAAUUUCAUUCAGUAGAAUUACUCUUAAAAAUAUAUAUAAAAAAUAUAAAUUACUUUUAACAAAAAGGUGUUUUCAGGCUUUUUCAUAUGUUUCCAGUUAUAGUCAUAGGACAAAUAGUAGGCCUACACAAUAGGCUAGUAGUAAAUUUAAUUAUAUUUUAUUAAUCACUAAAUCAAUUGUUCGUUCCAUAGCUGGAGACAUUUACGGUGGCCUAUCCAGAACUUUCCUUACAAGGGAAGGGAAGAAGGCCAAGACCCCACUUCCCCCUCCCCCCCUACAAUUCCCAAAACAUAUUACUUACUCUUGAUGCUCCACAAGAUCAAGGUUGAGGGAAACAAGACGUACAAAGAUGUUCCCCCAAAACUGUUCCCCCAAAGCAGUUAUCAGGUUUGAAAAGAAACCAAAGCAUGUGGCAUCAACUGCUGCAUCACUUGUAGGCAUCACGUCUUUAUUAAACUACAUUACAUUACAUUUACUCUACUAAAUUUUGAUUCUGUUUCUCCUGCACUAGAUAACUGUGGUAUUUUUUAAAAUAAUAUUUUAACUCAUGUGAUUUUUGAAAAUAAUUAACACAUUUUUCCACGUCGAUGUUACCAACACAAUAAUUUUAGAGUUAUUCCAAAG